UGGAAGCCAACGCGAUGAAAGCAAAAGCGGCGGCGCGCUUGUUUUUCUGCCCCCGUUGCACUUUUACCGCUUCCCACUCGACUAAUGAGUCGUUUAACGUCCUGCGUGGAACGCUCGCAGGUGUACAGCGCUCAUUACAGCAUGAACAUCAACGGGGAGGUGACGGAGGGCUUUGUGGAAAUCGAUUCCGACGACGACGUGGAGAGGUUCAAAACGGGCAGCGGCGACGAGGAGGCCGUGGAGAUCCGGGACUUUCAAAGCGGAAUAACCGCAAUCCGAUUCUUCGGGGGAGAGAAGUGUUAUAUAAAAUCCCAAAUCAAAGGCAACCUUCCUCCUCUGGGAGCUGACAACAAAGACUCACUGAUGUCUGACCCGACUGACGACGGCAUGCCGGUGAAGUUCGACGAUGAGUUCCUCGUUUGGGUUUCUUCAGAGCAGCCGCUGAAGGACGUCGCUUUCUUGAGCCCCAAGAUUCUGGCUCUGUGCGGGGAGCUACCUAUUUACUGGCUCCAACCGCUCAUUCCCAAAGAUGGGAUGAAAAGGAAGAGGAGGAGGAGGGACUCGCAGCGGGCCAAGCGGCAGUCCCGCGUGGAGGUGCUGGAGGUGACGGGAAAGGAGGACUCCUCCGAGCCGGGGGAAGGCGGAGGAGAGGAAGGGCUUCAUUCGGAUACGGGAUCGGGAUUCAACCCCGAGAACCCGUAUCAUCGCGGCGGCGGCACGGGGACGGCGACGGGCGACGGCGACGGAGGCGCUGUGACCUUUGACUCCAUGCUGGACCACCAGGGCAUCUGCUGCGCCGAAUGCCAACGCGGCUACACGCACUGUCAGAGAAUAUGCGAGCCUCUGCGCGGCCACUGGCCCUGGCCGUACAACUACAGAGGGUGCCAGGUAGCUUGCAGAGUCAUUAUGCCCUGUCGCUGGUGGGUGGCACGCAUCUUGGGCAUCGUGUAAGCGCACACGGAAUGCACCCAAGACCCUAAAGGUCUCAAAACUUUUUUUUUUUUUUUUUUUUGCUUGUGUGCAGCUCCACUUUCUUUUUCAGUAAGACUGCCAACUUACUCGCAGAGAACUGCUUGCAAG